GAACCUUUGAUUUGUACGGUUCGAGAUUAGCUCCCACACGAGUUGCACAUACUGUAGCUGGUGGCACAGCACUUUUGCUGGGAGUGGAGCUCUUUUACCCCCGAGGGCAUAAAAAUACAUUGUUAUCUCCCCCAAAUCAAGCCUUAAUCUUGUUGAACAACGAGAGCUUUAAGAAUCUAGCGCUUGUUGUCUGUACAAGUAAGAAUGGCAAUGAGACAGACCCCUCUCACCUGCUCUGGGCACACUAGACCUGUUGUGGAUCUGGCUUUCAGUGGAAUAACUCCAUAUGGAUAUUUCCUCAUCAGUGCUUGCAAAGAUGGCAAACCCAUGUUGCGCCAGGGAGACACAGGGGACUGGAUUGGGACGUUCCUGGGUCACAAGGGUGCUGUCUGGGGUGCCACUUUAAACAAAGAAGCCACAAAGGCAGCCACUGCUGCUGCAGAUUUCACAGCAAAGGUAUGGGAUGCUGUGUCUGGGGAUGAAAUCCUCUCUUUGGCUCACAAGCAUAUUGUCAAGUCUGUGAAUUUCACCCAGGACAGUAAUUGCCUGCUGACAGGGGGUAAUGACAAAGUACUACGCAUUUAUGACCUCAGCAAGCCUGAAGCAGAGCCUCAGGAGAUUGCUGGCCACACGUCUGCCAUUAAAAAAGCCCUUUGGUGCAACAAUGACCAGCAGAUUCUCUCAGCCUCUGAAGACAAAACUAUACGCCUGUGGGACAGGAACACCAAAGAGGCAGUGAAGACACUCUCGUUCGAGGCAUCUGUCAGCAGCAUGGAGUACAUUGCUGAUGGAGAGAUUCUUGUCAUUACCUAUGGAAGGACCAUUGCUUUUUACAAUGCUCACAGUCUUGAUCUGAUUAAGACUGUGGAUGCUCCUGCCUCCAUCCACUCUGCCUCUCUGCACCCAGACAAAGACUUCUUUGUGGCUGGUGGAGAUGACUUCAAGCUAUAUAAAUAUGAUUACAGCACCAAAGAGGAAAUGGAGUCGUAUAAGGGCCACUUUGGGCCAGUGCACUGUGUGCGCUUUAGCCCGGAUGGCGAGCUGUAUGCUAGUGGCUCAGAGGACGGCACCCUCAGGCUGUGGCAGACUGCAGUGGGUAAAACCUAUGGCUUGUGGAAGUGCGUUCUGCCUGAGGAGCUCUCCUCUGAGAACUCAGAUGCGCUCUAUUGUCCUCCACCUGAAAUCAAAGCCUGAGCCCUGGAUGGGAGGAUGAAGAGAGAAGAGGGAAAGAGAGAGAAGAGAACUAGGAUGGCCAGGUUCUUUCGAGACCACAACCCCCCCCUUCCCAGCAACGUGCUGUGCCACCUCGCUUCAAGCAGGGACAGACCGCCCUUGGGUCUGAGCUUAACGUGGUCGUGUGGAAACUAAGCUACGAUACAUACACACACACACACACACACACAUAUACACACACACACCUUGAAUAAAGAGAUCACCAGGAUAAAGUAGUAGAGCUGUGAGUGUAAGCCUCCUAGCUGCCUGCUUUCUCUCUGCUGUGGUCGUACUCAUGUGGCCUCCACACCCUCGUCUGCAGCUUCUCACCCAGUCUGCUCCCCAGCACUGUGAUCACCUUGGGUUCUUUUGUUUAUUGUUGUUUUUGUUUGGUUGGUUGUUUUUUUUGUAUGUUUUGAUUUCAUACCUGCUCUUUUAAAACAGAUAUUUGUUUCAGUAAACAAAGUUCAGAGUGUUCACAUGCAUCUAAUUUGAUGAAAGACAUCUUUGGAGGAAAAUUUCGUUUAAAGCGUCCCAGAAGAAAGGUGUUAAGUCUUUAACUACAGUGGUAAUUUGUUGUAAACAUGUAUACCCCUGAAUACCAGGAUAGUGGGGAAUAUGACCUUGUAAAAUUUAAGAGUAAAGUGACAUGAGUUCUUCAUUCUUUAUCUUUGGUUGCGAUAUUGCAGUUAUAUCAUUCGGUCAAUAAAAUGUUGGUGAGAAUUUA